AAAAGAGAAAAAAAGGAGAAAGAGAAGAAAAGAGCGUCGUCAAUUUGGAAUCGUUUCUGACGCACUCGAUUCGAAUUUAGAACUGGUUCUUGUGGGAACCGAUGAUGGAACCAAUUUUGUCGGGUUCCCUAUAAGUUGGGUGCGCGCAACGCGAUUUCUUUCAUUCGACGCGAACGCUCAACUCAUUCGAUCCCAUUUAAUUACCGCUCGCGACAUUUGCUGCUUUGUUGUUUGUGCUCUUCGGUUUCGCUGCUCCGCGUUCUCCACGAGUUUCUUGGUUUUCAUUUGUGAGCGACAUGACAACCAUUGACAAAAUGGAUUUGAACGAGCACCACUCGCAGACGCCCAUCCAGAGUUUCUACGCAAAAACGAACGUCUUCAUCACGGGAGCGACGGGAUUCUUGGGGAAGAUCCUCGUGGAGAAGCUGCUGAGGUCCUGUCCGGACAUCAACACAAUCUACGUGCUCGUGCGCAACAAGAAAGGCAAGAAUCUGCACACCAGAGUCGACGAAUUGUUCGACGACGUCAUCUUCGACCGGCUGAGGACGGAGUGCCCGAAAUUCAGGCACAAAGUGGUCGGCGUCGCGGGCGACUGCAGUUUGCCCGCCCUCGGGUUGACCUUGCACGAUCAGAAGACCUUGAUAGACGAGGUGAACGUGAUUUUCCAUGUGGCGGCCACGGUCAAAUUCGACGAGAAACUGAAACUGGCCGUCGCAAUAAACGUGCGAGGACCCAGAGACAUGAUCGAGUUGAGCAAACGGAUGAAGCAACUGAAGUCGUUCGUGCACGUGUCCACCGCAUACUCCAUGUGCAAUCAUAACUACAUCGAAGAACGGAUCUACACGCCGCACGUGGACAGCCACAAGUUGGUUUUGCUGGCUGAAAACUUGCCAGACAAAAUUUUGGACUCCGUAACGCCGGCUUUGUUGGACAAAUAUCCGAACACGUACGCCUUUACGAAAGGAAUAGCGGAAGACAUGAUCAAGUGUGAAGGACGGGGAAUUCCGAUCGGCGUGUUCAGACCGUCCAUCGUGAUCUCGACGUACAGGGAGCCGAUAAAGGCGUGGAUCAACAACUUGUACGGACCGACGGGCGUCUGUGCAGGUGCAGGAACCGGUGUGCUGAGAACGAUGCACUGUCAUCCGAAGGUGAACGCCAACAUCGUCCCCGUCGACAUGGUGGUGAACGCCAUGAUCGCCUGCGGAUGGGAAAUCGCCAAAAACUACGAAGAAAACAAACUUAAGGCCGACUACGAAAUCCCCGUGUACAAUUACGAGUCGAGCAACGACAAGCCGAUCAACUGGGGCGAAUACAUGUCGUAUUCGGAGACGUCCGGAGUCCUAUAUCCGAGCGUCAAGGCGAUUUGGUACUACUUUUUGACAUUGCAACCGACCUGGAUCGGAUACUUCAUCACCCAACUCUUCCUCCAUUACAUUCCCGCCUUGAUCGUCGACGGAGCGCUCCUGUGUGUCGGAAAGUCGCCAAUGAUGCUGAAGGUGUACCGUAAGAUCCACAAGUUCUCGUCGGUGAUAUCGUAUUUCUGCACGCGGAACUGGACGUUCCACUCGCAGAGAAUCAACAGGAUGAUCGAGACGAUGACGCCCGAGGAUCAGGAAAUAUUCUUUUGCGACUUGAAGAAACUGAACUGGGCCGAGUAUUUUACGGUUUACUUGAAAGGAAUCAGGGAAUAUCUGAUCCAGGACCCCAUGACCACCUUGAACGACGCACGGAACAAAUGGAAGAGAUUGUACGUCCUUCAUCAAACGUUGAAAGUACUUUUGGGUUUCCUGUGUCUGCGACUGUUGUGGAGCGUACUGCAAUUUAUUCAAAGUUUUAUGUGGUGAUUGAUUGAUUGUCUCGUCACAAACUACACAUGCAUCGAGUGAUAUUACUGUUAGUUAUAUUUAUUAAUCCGAUAAGUUGUAAAUAGUUGUUUGUUUGUUCGUUUUAUAAGAAAUAAAUAUUUUUCAUUAGUA